CUUGUGUAGACAGGCCCGGGCCGCCUGUAGGCCUUCGCCUCCCGCAGGCCUUCGCCUCCCGCCUCCCGGGCUGCACCCGUCAUGGACGACAAUGGGGUUGUGUCGGACCCCGAGCUGGCCGCCCUUCUGUGCUAUUUCAUCCAGCACGGGAUCGUCUUGGGCUCCACUGACAAUCUCUUGGAAGAGGAAAUCUUCAAGUACAUGACCCAGAGGCGUAGGAGGCUUUUGCCCUCUAACUCGUCUGCCUCCUCCUAUGGGUUCUCCAACUUGGAUUCGACUCUCAAGGGCUUGUCGGAAAUGGACAAUCUGCCCGAGAAAGAGGACACCUUACUUGUCCAGAGCAUCGGUUGUAAUGAGGAAUACUAUGAGGAGAGUUACCUGAACGCCAGGACUUCCAGGGAGGCUGAUUCUGUGGGUACGUCCAAGGGAUUCCACCAGCAGGGGACUUCGCUCUCAGUUGCUGACACCUUCCACCACCAGAUUCGAGAUGACAGUCUUUUGUCUUCUUCUGAAGAGGACAGCAAGGAUAGGGAACACCCCGUGUAUGGCUUGGACAGUUCCUACCAGAGCGUCGCACACUACCGCCACGUUUCCAGCAUCUCCAAGAGCUCCCAGGACCUGUCCUAUUAUCCUACAUCCUCAUCCUCCUCCUCUUUAUCUUCAUCUUCAUGUUCCUGUCCUUCAUGUCUCACCCAAUACACCAUCCAGCCAGGAAAGCAGGCCCUUAGGGUCCCGCUCUGGGGCCAGCUGCUGCUUUUCCUGCUGUUAGUUGCCUUGCUGCUCUUUGUUUACUACUACUGGAAGUUUAGAGAGGGCAAAGCAUUCUGAAUAGAGCCCUGAGGGUUUUUGGCUUCAGAGCCAGCUCUUCUCAGAAGUCCUGGCUGACUACUUCAGCAGUGUUUGAUAUGGGAGGGGGUGGGGGUUUUCUUUGUGUUCUAGCUUCUGGGGGCUGGGCCUAGCCCAAGGCAGUGUUUGUUCUCCCUGCCUUGUCCUGCCAGGGAGGCAGCAGACUCAGGCCCUCCAGUGUAUGGUGUUCCUGUGCUUGCCUUCCUCUGGAGCCUCCUGGCCCUGGUUGCCUGUGACCCUUAAGUCCUGGGAUGGAAAGACCUGACUCCCAAGGAGAAUGGGGUUGUUGUCAUGCAUGCCUCUUGUUCAUUGACACCUUGUUGGCCAAAUGCCACCCUGACUUUGUUUUCGUGGACACACAAUAA